GCGAAUGGCAGACGUCGAUUUCGAGCAUUUGAGCAGCGAAUGACAGUUUUGUACUGUGAUAUUGUCUUCAGUCACUCGCUCUUGCCUCAGCAACUUGUUCGGCAAAACGCCACUACAAUCUGCGCCACAGACAGCUAUCGAUAGUUGAUGUGGCGUCUCAGUUUCAGGCACGCGUCUCCGUUUGACGCCUUGACGCCAUCCACUUCUUCUCCAUCGACAUCAACUUUCGCUGAACUAAUCUACAGCAAGCCGUCAUGGCGAACGGACCACCGCAAGAGGUGCCCCCGCCACUACAGGACAUUCCCACAGCGAAAGAGAAGAAAUACGAUCGACAACUAAGACUUUGGGGUGCCGCAGGCCAAAUAGCAUUGGAAAAGACGAACAUCCUCCUCAUCAACAACGGGCCCGGCGUCACUGGAGUGGAGACGUUGAAGAACCUCGUUCUCCCAGGAAUCGGCAACUUCACAAUUCUCGACUCGGCAGUGGUUUCUGAGGCCGAUCUGGGCGUGAACUUCUUCCUCGAAGACUCGUCAUUGGGCAAGUUCCGCGCUGAGGAAACUGUGAAGUAUCUCGAGGAGCUCAACCCAGACGUCAAGGGCCAUGCCAUUACAGAGCCCAUUGCCAGCUGGGUGGUCAAGGACAAGAUCUUCGCGCCGUACACGCUGGUAAUGGUGGCGGCGCCCAUAGACCCUGCCAUCUUCACGCUCAUUCAAAGUCACGUCGCAGCUCUGCAGAUUCCGGCGUUCUACAUACAUUCGAUUGGAUUCUACUCACACUUUUCUCUGCAACUGCCACCUGCAUUUCCAAUCGUGGACACGCAUCCCGACCCCACUGCCACCACAGAUCUGCGCCUACUCAGCCCAUGGCCCGCCUUGACCGAGUUCGCCAAACGAGAGACAACGAAUAUGGAGAAGAUGGAUGGCGAACAAUUUGCUCACAUUCCGUAUGUGUGCUUGCUCCUGCUCUACAUCAAUCUAUGGAAACUGGGCCACGAUGGGAAGCCACCUGUCGAAUACAAGGAAAAGCAGGCAUUUAAAGACCUCAUACGAUCAGGCAGCGCCAGCGAAGAGAACUUUGACGAGGCAAUUGCUGCUGCGACGAAGCUCCUCAAAGCACCCGAGAUACCCAAACAAGUUCACGCCAUCUUGACAGCGCCUGAAGCGCAAUCGUUGACGCCAGAAUCGCCUCCUUUCUGGCUCAUCGCCAAUGCGGUUCGACAAUUCUGCGACAAACAUGGCGAGCUGCCCCUACCAGGAGCUGUCCCGGACAUGAAAGCACGAUCGAACACAUAUGUGGAGCUGCAGAACAUCUAUAAGACCAAAGCGCGCGAAGACGCUGCUGAAGUUCUCGCCACCGUACGCUCGCUGGAGCAGUCAACACAGCGUCUCCCUUCCCUUCCUCCGAUUGAUGAGAAGGAAGUCGAACUCUUCUGCAAAGGCGCUGCUCACAUCUCCAUGGUUCGCGGAAGACCACUCAAAAUUGUCCAGCCUGGCACGCCCGUUACUUUCGGCGACCAAGCCGAAUUCGUCUACAAAUCUCUCAAGAAUCCGGAGAGCCUCAUCGGCCUGUACCUUGCCUUCCUGGCCUGGGACGAGUUCUCCGCCACCCACAGUUCUUCUCAAGCCCGCGGUGGGGAGACACUUCGCGUUGCAGGCGCGGCGCCGGACGAAGAUGUGGAAACCGACGCCGAGAAGCUCACCGGCAUCGCGCAUAAGCUCGUUGACUCUGCGAUCAACGAAUCCGGAUCGCGGAUCGAAAACCCGAAGUAUUCAGAGAUCAAACAGAAAGUCUCUGAGUACUGUCAAGAAUUGGCGAGAGCAGGAGGAGCAGAACUACACAACGUUGCUUCGUUGACCGGUGGUCUGAUUGCACAAGAGGUUAUCAAGGUAAUCACGAAGCAAUACGUGCCGAUCGAUAACACUUGUGUGUUCGACGGUAUCACGAGUCAGACGUGGGUGGGACGGAUAUGAGGAGGUAGUUCGCUGGAAAAGUUUGAGAGAGAUGAAGAGAAGAAAAUGAGUUCGCUGAGCGUGUACGGGCGUGCAAGCCAGCUAGAACCGUAUGAUGAAUGUGACUGAUGACUGAUGCAGCUCGUAUGCGCCGUGUCCCUGUCAGUUGCCAGCAAAACGGGCGGCAUGCGGACGGAGACGACCGUUAGGAUUCUGCGUCAUGUGGCAAAGUGGAAGUGAGGUAUUCCGGUUAACGUGCAAGCACUCACAUGCAGGUGCGCCAUCUUUUCACAUGAAUACCAAAUUAUUGCCCGCUAAAUUUUCU